GAUUCACUCCUCUCAUCCUGUCAAUCCUCAAGCAUGGGAAAGGGUUUCGUCAUCAGUAAAGCUGUCGGGAUAGUACUGAUUGUGGUUGGUGCUGCAGCAGUGGCCACAAUCAUUGCCCUCUCUGUGGUCUACUCCCAAGAGAAGUCCAAGAACAAUGAGGUUAAACCCACAACAACAACAACAACAUCAGCAGCUCCAACAACAGCACCAUCCAACGAACCAUGGGACCAGUGGCGCCUUCCUCAAACUCUUAGUCCUCAAUCCUACAAUGUCACUCUGUGGCCAAGACUCCAGCCGGAUGAAACUGGACUCUACAUCUUCACAGGGAUGUCCAGCGUGAUCUUCAAAUGUGUGGAAGAGACAGACCUCAUCCUCAUUCACUCCAAUAAGCUGAACAUUUCAGAAACAGUCUUGACAGCACAUGGAAGCAAUCCAGCUCCUUCCAUUGACUCAAUAAUGAUGUACACAAAAACACAGUAUAUGGCUAUUCACCUGAAAGGUAAAUUAACUGCUGGGGAAAGCUAUGAGCUCUACACAAAAUUUGUGGGCGAGCUUGCAGAUGACUUGGGCGGCUUCUACCGAAGUGAAUACGAGGAGAAUGGAGUGAAGAAAGUGGUCGCAACAACCCAGAUGCAGGCAACAGAUGCCAGGAAGGCGUUCCCUUGCUUUGAUGAACCUGCAAUGAAAGCGGUGUUCCACAUCACUCUUCUCCAUGAUCGAGGAACCGUAGCCCUCUCCAAUGGUGCUGUGAAAGACAAAGUUAACAUCACAGAGGAUGGUGCUCUUUUAACCAAAACAACGUUUGAGCCCACAGAAGUAAUGUCAACAUAUUUGUUGGCAUUUAUUGUCAGUGAUUUUGACUACAUUGAACAAAUUGAUGAAAAACUGCAGAUUCGAAUUUAUGCCCGCCAAGAAGCCAUAAAAGCAGGACAAGGGGAGUAUGCACUCAAUGUGACUGGACCGAUUCUCAGAUUCUUUGAGGACUAUUACCGUGUCCCCUAUCCGCUGCCCAAAUCAGACCAAAUCGCUCUGCCAGAUUUCAAUGCCGGUGCAAUGGAAAACUGGGGCCUAAUCACAUACAGAGAGACGGCCCUGCUGUUUGAUAAUGAAAUAUCCUCAAAUGCAAACAAAGAGAGGAUUGUUACUGUUAUUGCCCAUGAACUUGCCCAUCAGUGGUUUGGCAACCUUGUGACUAUCAGGUGGUGGAAUGACCUGUGGCUCAAUGAAGGUUUUGCAUCUUACGUAGAAUAUCUUGGGGCGGAUGAAGCUGAGUCGAAGUGGAACAUUAAAGAUCUGAUCGUUCUUAAUGAUGUGCACCGAGUUUUCGCCAUAGAUGCACUGGCCUCGUCUCACCCUUUGUCAUCUAAAGAAGAGGAUAUCCAAAGACCGGAGCAAAUUAGUGAAGUGUUCGAUACGAUCUCCUACAGUAAGGGUGCAUCAGUACUCAGGAUGCUAUCUGAUUUUCUGACUGAGACAGUGUUUACUCAAGGCCUUCAAACUUAUCUGGAUCACUUCAAAUUCGACAACACAGUGUACACAGACCUUUGGGUCCAUCUUCAAGCGGCUGUGGACAAGACUACUCACGACCUGCCCAAAACUGUGCAAGAAAUUAUGGAUCGCUGGGUUCUUCAAAUGGGCUUCCCCGUGGUCACUAUUAACACUGCAACUGGACAGAUCACACAGGAGCAUUUCCUUCUAGACCCUACCACUAAACCAGACACGCCAUCAGAGUUUAACUAUGAGUGGUUUGUACCAAUUGAAUGGACAAAGACAGGAACAGAAAAACCCACAAAAUGGCUACUACAGAAAACUGAUCAAGAAGAUGACAUGAAAAUAAAUGCAAAUGAGUGGGUUCUGGCCAACAUCAAUGUGACAGGAUACUACAGGGUUAACUAUGAUAAUGAAAACUGGGAACGCCUACUUAGUGUUCUCCAGACAUCCAGAGAGAGCAUUCCCAUUAUUAACCGGGCACAGAUAAUUGAUGAUGCUUUUAACCUGGCCAAAGCAGGACAUAUUGAAACAACAUUGGCUCUAAGAACCACACUGUUCCUCUCCGAGGAAACAGAGUACAUGCCAUGGGAGUCUGCUCUCGACAACCUGGACUACUUUUACCUCAUGUUUGAUCGCACGGAGCUGUACGGCCCUAUGCAGGCGUAUCUCGGAAAACAGGUGAAACCUUUGUUUGAGCACUUUACAGAUCUUACAAGUUGGACAGAUGUGCCACAAGGACAUACUGACCAAUAUAAUCAAGUAAAUGCGCUCAGAGUUGCCUGCAGUACUGGGUUGAAAAACUGUACGGAUCUAGUAAAUGGAUGGUUCCAACAGUGGAUGAAUAAUCCAGAUGUCAACCCUAUUAAGGCCAACUUGAGGUCUGUAGCGUACUGCAGUGCCAUUGCUGCAGGUGGUGAAGAGGAGUGGAACUUUGCUUGGGAAAUGUUUCAAAAAACCAAUGUUGCUACAGAGAAAGAUAAACUGAGAGCUGCAAUGGCAUGUGCCACACAGCCUUGGAUACUGAACAGGUAUCUCAGUUACACCUUAAAUGCAACGCUAAUUCGGAAGCAAGAUGCCACCUCUACCAUCAUCAGCAUUGCAAGCAACGUGGUCGGCCAAUCGUUGGCUUGGGAUUUUGUUAGGGCCAACUGGGAGUACAUUUUCAAUCAGUAUGGAGGUGGAUCUUUCUCUUUCUCCAAUCUGGUCAACGGUGUCACAAAGAGAUUCUCAACUCCGUUUGAACUGCAACAGCUGAUACAGUUCAGGGAUGACAACGCCGACAUAGGUUUUGGAUCCGGAACCCUUGCCAUUCAGCAAUCCAUCGAGAGGACUAACGCCAACAUCAAAUGGGUCGAUGAAAACAAAAAAGCAAUCUUAGAAUGGUUCGAAAGCCAAAGUAAGCCUUAAAGAUGAACAUACUGUAGUAUGCUUUCUCUGAGGAGGAGAGUAACACUGGGACAUUGUUUUGCUUGGCUUAGAGGGUUAUAGCAUUAAAAAAAUGAUUAUUUAUUAUUCAGGAUGUUCUAAAUUGCAAUUUUUCCGAACCUAUUUUCUUCCUAUGAUGAUGUACAGUCUAUAAAUAUCUUUCUUUAAAGUGUGCCUAAUGUUUAUAAUUGUUCAUUUCCUCUGUGAUUAUUUUUGUUAAAAAUAAUUUUAUAAUGCUAAAAUAGCUUUGUAGAAAGUAUUAAAAUGAACUGAAUAUGCAAAUAUUUUAAUAUUUUGUCUAAUGAAAAUAAACACCUAAAUCCAUGAA